AUGGCAGCGAUAGUCGACUGGACGUGGCUCUACGCGACCCCCAACGGCAUCGUGGCGCUUCAGGAGCUCGACUCGGAUGUUGUCACCCUCAAGCGACCUCGAAGACCAACUGAUCUUCCGGUCGCCGUUCGUUGUAUCGUGCUAGUCACGGAGCUGAGCUUAGUCAGUGGUGGCGCCUUCAUGCUGCUGUUGACGAGCUCCUCGAUUGGAGUGCUAGUGCGCAGCCCCUCACACGUGCUACUUGCAGCAACUGCGAACGAUCCAGUGGUGGAGGACACGUUCGUCCAGAUCUGCGAGACUGUAGCGUUCGGAUACGGCCUUGUGGCUUCCAUGAGCUGCUUCUUUCGUCGAUCCAAGCAAGACCUGGCACAAAGACUCACGGGAUGUGGAUGGUGCGGUGUCAAGACCAUUAGUGUAUCAGUGGCCAUACACUCUGCAGCUAUACUCGUGCUCGUACUGCUGCAGGAACAGGCUAAAGUGCAGGUUCUAGUGUCGUGGUGCAAUGUCGAAGCAGCGAUGCAUCAGUCGGACAGACCACUUGCAACGGCAGAGAUCGUACAGAACCUAUUGCUUGCACCAGUAAAGGAGGAGCUCUUUUUUCGAGGAGCAGUGGUGCUAGUGACCAUCAAUCGGAUGCAAAGUGUCAAGUGGAGCGCUGCUGUCUCCGCUAUUUUGUUCGCUACUAUCCAUCUGGCCAACACGAGGCACGUCGGAGCACAAUACUCGGUAUCCUACGUGGCGUUUCAGGUGCUUUGGGCAUUUCUAGUUGGGCUCUUUCUCGCUCUCAAGUUUGCAGUCUCCGGGUCCGUUGUCGUAUGCCUCGUGUUGCAUGUCAUCAACAACACGUUCGCUUUGGCGAUGUCCAAGACAACUGAAGUCAGUCUCACACACCCACUCGUCGCGUUCUCAGUAAUCGCGGCAGUGGUGAUCUACUGCUUGGCAAUUACAAAGCAGCUACAACGGCUUCGACCUGUACAACUGAAGAAACAGCUUUGA